AUGCAGCUCCUCGCACCUAUUCCAUUACUGCUCCUGCUCCUCCGACCUGUUUCUGUCCUCACAACCACUCCCAACAACGACCAUAUGGAGAAGCUGAAGCCACCUGUUUCCACCCUCGCAACCUCUCCCGACAACGACCGCGGUGAGCACGGGAUAACAAAUUCUGGUGCCUCUGUGGAGGGUGAUAACAGUGGUGGUGGUAACGGCGGUGGUAACAAUGUUUCUAUACAAGACAACAGGGGGGCAAGCAAACCAAAGAAGCGAGCAGUACGUGCAGAUUGGUAUACAUUCACAUUCCUCGGGAUGAACUACCACAUCAGAAUGAACUCUUCACUCGGCGAAACUUAUCGCAACCUCGCUACAAAGGCAGAGCAGCGCGAAUUUGCGAUGGAACAUGGCGAGCCAGAGCCCGUAGUCGGACGCCGGGUGUGGGCUGCACGGUAA